GAAGAAGGCCUCCCGCAGGGAUCAGCACUCAGCUGCCUGUUAUUUCUCAUCUUUAUUAAUGAUAUGCCUGACUAUAUAAAUUGCAACAAAGCUCUUUUUGCAGACGACGCUGCACUUUGGGCCACUGGUAAAAAUGCACAUGAAGUAAGCGCCAUGAUACAAAACGACCUUAACCAUGUUGCCAAUUUCGCCAAAUCAUGGAAAAUAGAGAUCAAUAUAGAAAAGACUGUGGCCAGUGUUUUCACACUCAGCCCAAAGUUCAAAAGCAAAUCAAAGACUCUAUUCCUGAAUAACAUGGCAUUGAUGUAUUCAAAAAACCCAAAAUAUUUGGGUAUCAUCUUAGAUGAGAAAUUAAAAUUACACUAGUUUGCUGAAAAUGUUGUUCAAAGAUCUGAAAAAAUGCUAAACACAGUCAAGAAAUUAGCAGGUACCAAAUGGGGUGAAAACGCCCCUGAACUGAAAACUCUAUACUUAAACGCCGUUCGCUCCAUCAUGGAGUACAGAUUGCCCAUACAAAAUUUAUUGAGCACCACGUGCCUAAACAACAUAGAUGCAAUACAAAACAAAGCAAUCAGAGUUAUAUUAGGUACAAUGAAGAGCUCACCUAUAGCGGCAGGCGAACUAUUAGCUGGAAUAGAGCCACUCCAUUUAACUAGAAAGAAAGCUCAACUCAUCACCAUCGAGCGUUACAGGCGCCUAAACAUAAACGACCCGUUACAUUCAAUGGCUCAGCAAACCGUUCAUAAUAGAAUAAAUAAG